UAUCUCUGUUUAUGCCAAUUUUCAUGACCCAUAAAGCAUUAACCGAAUUGGGUUUUGUUUGUUUGGUAACAUGGAUUGCUCAGGUUAGGUUGGAGAGAAUGGAGGUAGAAAUACAAUUGGGAAAGAUAAAGAAAGAUUUUAUGUUUGAAGUACCAAGAGAGUUUGGGAUUGAAAAGUUGAGAGAGGCCACAGAUGGGUUCAGAGAAAAUAGCUUGAUUGAAGGGUCUGUUUAUAAAGGUUUCAUGAAUGGAGAUUUCUUUGCUAUCCAGAAGAUGAUGUGGAACGCGUGUGAGGAGCUCAAGAUCCUACAUAAGCGAAGCAGAAUGAGUCAAGCCAUCAGAUGUGAUCCUAGGUUCCAAAGGCAGAGGCUUCAUUCAAAGUGAGAUAUACGGGAGGGAACUGGUGGACCUCCGAAGGGAAACGUGGUGGGAAUUCCUUAAUACACUCUUCUCUGUCUCAGAAGCUGUGGUUUAUAUACAGACAGUUGACAGAUUGGAUGAUGGAACCAUAUGAACAGAACUUGAUCCAUUUGAUUAUAAAAGGGCUCCAUCAGGCAAUAUGCUCUGCGUCAAAUUUACAGAGCUUUUCCAUUGAUUUUUUUCUUGCUGCUUUUUAACUCUUGACAUGA